CUGCUGAGUGGACUAAAGAUGGGGGAGCAAGGUGGUUUGCUGGAGGCUAACAGAGGAGACUGGGUGGCAAUCUUGGAUUCCCAGACCGGUGCAGCCAAGGGCCCAGGGGACAACAUCACUGAGCAGGCCAGGACCAGAGGCGACAUAGUGGAGGUCAGUGGAUGGGAGAGCGUCCUCAACUCUGGGCUGGGGAACAACACCGUUAACCACAACCAGAAACAGACAGUCGAACACAAAACAACAACCGAACUUAGUCUCCAUGACAACAGACUAGCUGAGACCAGGGCGAGGUGUAGAUUUGGUUUGCAGGGACUGGGAGUUGUCCAUAUGCGGCAGGAGAGAACAGACACAGACUCGGCUAGCGAUGCGCCGUCCUGCUCCUAUAGUUGUGAUUCAGAGAGACUGAUGGCGCCUCAGGUUAACCCCCUAACAGAUGCUGCCUUCAGCCUGCCUUCUAUAGGAUCUAUCAACUGGAACAUGGACCCUACGACAACACAGACUCUCCCUGGCAUUCGUCCUCCUCACAGUCUCCUUAUGUUAAACCAGACCUCAGACAAUGCCAGUGCCUCAACACUAAAUAGCUACACAAGCCCAUUGGCAAAUGACAGUAGUAGUAACGCUAUCAGCAGAUCUGGUUGCAAAGAGAAGCGCUUCCCGUGUUCGUUCUGUGGGAAAGCCUUCAGUUUCCCCAAACAGGUGGAGAUCCACCAGAGGAUGCACACGGGGGAGAAACCGUUCGGCUGCAAUCUUUGCCGGGCCAGUUUCUCCCAGUUGUCCAACCUGAAGAGGCACCAGAGGGUCCACACAGGGGAGAAACCUUACAGCUGCCCCCAGUGUGAGAAGAGGUUCUCCCACCAGCAUCAUCUGAAGAUACACCUGAAGGUCCACACGGGGGAAAGGCCUGUACGCACUGCGGGAAGCGGUUCUCGGAGAGGAGCUACCUCAGGAUACACCAGCAGAAAAUGCACACGGCCCAUGUAUAGUGUAUAGUGAGUGAUAAGUAAUAAUAAUAAUAUUUUUAAAAUUUUACUUUUCAUACAGAAUCUGUCACUUUUUUAAAAACUGACUCAAACAAAUAAAGUCUGUCUUCUCCUUCAGGGUCUCGUCUGGUGACUGGGUUCAUAGAAGGCCUGGGUCUAGCCUUCCUCAGUUACCUCAGGGUUACCCCACCAAUACAGACAGGGUCAGGAUGGGCGUUCACUACAAGAGGUACCUAGCCUAUAACACAGUACACAAUCCCAACAACACCCAAACAAUGGCUAGAGGUCAAGGAGGGAGCUCAAAGACUAACCACCUGAGGGUGGUGGCUCCUGCUUCUACCUCCUCUGGUGUCAUUGGGUCACAACAUGGGAGGCCGAGCAUUAGGACGGACGCCAAUUAGCCGUAAGCAUGCCACGCGUGUGGGAAGCGCUUUGCUAAGACAAAAUAUAUGAAGCAGCACCAGACCGUUCACACCAAGGAGAGGCACUCCAAGUGCAAACUAUGUUACAAGAGCUUCUCCUUCCUGACUUAACCUUACCAGACAUAGGAGUGUCCACAAUGGGGAAAAGAUCGUAGCAGUGUGGCUUGAGAUGUACACAGAGAAUAUCUGGGAACCAUUCUUCAGCUGACAUAUUAUAGUUAUCAUGUGAAGUGACUUGGGGUAAGAGGGUAAUUAACCACAUACCAUUCAUUAACCCUUUAUUAACUUGUCAUUUAAAAUAGAUUUGUGGACCUGUUUUUAGAGAGGCUAGAAUAAGGACAGUUGAAUAUUUACCUUACUGAGGUGAUGUAGAUGGAAUAAAGUAAUUCUAUACUUUUCUACUCUAUUCUUGCUAACACACUGUUCUUUCUAAACAAAUCUGCUCUGAGCUUGAAAGAUGGUGAUCAUGAAUAGGAGAUUUGAUGUGUAAUGUAGUAAGCAGUACCGUAUUUCAAAGAACAGCAUGCAUACCUUUUUCAUUUAACCACACCCUUUGACCUAUGACGCCAACCAAUAAGAUACUUUCUCUUCAGUUUAAACGGAAGUGGGUGUGGCUUGGCGACAUGAUGGAAGCGGAUGUGGAACUUGAAUCAGAUGGUGGUGGAUAAAAUAAUGAGUUUUGUCCAGAAGAAUGUCUCGUUUGUAUUUGUAUUUAUUAUGGAUCCCCAUUAGCUGCUGCCAAGGCAUCACCUACUCUUCCUGUAUGGGAAAGGGAGCAAAAUUGCUGUGGAAAAUAUGUCUAGUUCUGAUCAUAACCCAUCGUAUCUGGUAGGACUGCGGUUUUUGGAAAAACAAUGUAUGCCAGACUUUGUGAAUCCGUUUGAAGCAUCUAAAAUGGUGGAGAAAGCUUUGGGUAAAGUGAAAUAUGUGAAGAUCACAAGAAUUGGGCUUGUUUUCAUUUUGUGUGUUUCUGCUGAUCAGAAAAGGCGUGUUGGGUCUCACCCAAAUUGAUGAUUUUAUUGUGUCUUGCUUUGAUCUGCCACCUGUCAAAGGAGUCAUUUCUGGAGUCUUGGAAGAAGUCAACAUUGCUCUACUGAAGAAUGUUCCUGGAGUGGUCGAUGCACGAAGGAUGAAUCGCGUGGUAAAUGGCAUGAAGGAGAAGAGUUUGUCUGUUCUUGUGUUAUUUGAUGUGGAGUGUCUCCCUACCUAAGUGCAGCUGGAUAUGUGUACUAUCUUGUGAGAGCCUUUAUAUACAGACUUAUCAAUAAACUGAAAAGGAGAAAUUGCUUUUAAAUUCAAAUCACUUCCUGAAUUGCAUUAGGC